AUGUCGUCCAUGAUCACUCUUGGAAGUCUCAAGCGCAUCACUGCGCCCAAGCUGGCCGAGCAGCUUCUCGCCCGCGCGGAGGCAGGUGCAGCGGCCGGCGACUCUACGAUUGCAAUUGUGGAUGUUCGGGACGACGACCAUAUUGGUGGACACAUCAACGGCUCGCUACACUUUCCCUCGCAGUCUCUAGACGCCAUGAUGCCGACGCUGCUCCGGAAGCUCGAGGACAAGGAGACGGUCGUGUUCCACUGCGCCCUGUCGCAGCAGAGGGGUCCCUCGGCUGCCCUGCGGUACAUGCGCGAGCGCGCCGACCUGGUCGAGAAGGCGUCCAAGCAGGGCAAGGAGGAAAAACCUCAGACUGUCUACGUCCUCGACCGCGGCUUCGUCGGCUGGCAAGAGGUCUAUGGCACCGAUAAGAGGCUGACCGAGGGCUACCGUACUGAGCUGUGGAAGGAUGGAUAUUGGGGCUGA